AUGGCGAGGCUCGAGGUGACGAACGGCGCCGACGACGCCGCCGCCGCCGGAGAUGACGACGGCGACGCCUCCGGCGACGACGACGUCGCGGACGAUCCCGCCGGCGCCCCGUCCGCCGCGGCGAAGAAAAAGAAGAAGAAGAAGAAAAAGAAGAAGACCGGCGGCGGGGGCGGGGGCGGGGGCGGCGCCGCGGGCUCGGGCGCCGCGGGCCAGACCGCGCCCCCGUCCGUCCCCGUCUCCAAGCUCUUCAACGGGACGUACCCGGAAGGCGAGAUCCAACGGUACAAGGACGAUAACCUGUGGCGCGAGACGAACGAGGAGAAACGCGAGCUGGAACGGCUGGAACGGAACAUGUACAACGAGGUUCGGCAGUGCGCGGAGGUGCACAGGGAGGUUCGCAAAUACAUCGCCGAUUGGGUCAAGCCCGGGAUGAAACUCAUCGACGUGUGCGAGACGUUGGAGAAUUCCGUCCGGCAACUCAUCGAGGAACGGGGGCUGGAAGCCGGGAUCGCGUUCCCUACCGGGUGCUCGCAGAACCACAUCGCCGCGCACUGGACCCCGAACGGCGGCGACACGACGGUCAUCGACGCAGACGACGUCAUCAAAUUCGACUUUGGCACGCAAAUAAACGGGCGGAUAAUAGACUGCGCGUUUACCAAGACGUUCAACGCAAAGUACGACCCUUUGCUCGACGCCGUGAGGGAGGCGACGGAGUGCGGAAUCGCGGAAUCGGGCAUCGACGUCAGGCUGUGCGACAUCGGCGAGGCGAUCGAGGAGGUGAUGGAGUCGCACGAGAUCGAGCUCAACGGGAAGACGUACCAAGUCAAGUGCUGCCGUAACCUCAACGGGCACUCCAUCGCGCCGUACCAGAUCCACGCGGGUAAGUCCGUGCCGAUCGUCCGAGGCGGGGAGACGACGCGGAUGGAGGAAGGGGAGUUUUACGCCAUCGAGACGUUCGGAAGCACCGGCAAAGGGUACGUCCGCGAAGACCUCGAGUGCUCGCACUACAUGAAGAACUACGACGUCGGCCACGUCCCGCUCCGGCUGCCAAAGGCGAAGCAGCUCCUCGGCGUCAUCGACAGAAACUUCGGCACGCUCGCGUUUUGCCGACGUUUUUUGGACCGAAUCGGAGAGACCAAGUACCUCAUGGCGCUGAAGAACCUGUGCGACAACGGCAUCGUCCAGCCGUACCCGCCCCUGGUGGACGUCAAGGGAUCGUACGUGGCGCAGUACGAGCACACCAUCAUGCUUCGGCCCACGUGCAAGGAGGUGCUCACGCGCGGCGACGACUAUUGA